AUGAUCUCCCAACAACAAGAAAGGUAUCCAACAAGAGAAAUUCAAGUGAACAACCAAGACAAUAAUGGCUCGAUCGACAAUAAAAAGAAAGAAUGGUUAGAGUUAAGCCUUGGUAGAACAUCUACUAGCAGUGAAUCCAAAGAGUACCGUCAAACAAAACCCACAUUCCACAAGAUCUAUACAUGCAACUACUGCUUGAGGAAAUUCCAUAGCUCACAAGCUUUGGGUGGUCAUCAAAAUGCUCACAAGAGAGAAAGAGGAGUAGCUAGAAGGUACCAGUCCCAUGGGUUAAUGAGUCCUAUGACGAUGAAAUUACCCUACAUUUAUACAAAUCCGGCAACAUUUGAUGUCAGCACUCACUCGAUGGUCAUGCAAAACCCUAACAUAUUAGAAGGAACCAGUGCCGUUGACCAUUUUUUCGAUAUGGAAGCCUCGAGUGUGAUUACUCAGCCGGAAAAUCAGCACCCAACAACAUAUCAUAGUAAUAUGAUAUGGCCAAGAAGUUAUCAUGUUGAUGAUCACCAUCAAUAUCCCAGCCAACUAGUUCAUGGUCAAUCAGCAGCACCCGAUGAUCAUCCACUUGAUUUGAAUCUUAGUCUUUGA